AUGACAGAUACAAUCGGUGAAUUAGUUAAAAUUAGGUGGAACAAUUUGAAAGUAGCACCCAGAGGAAACGUGCGAGAAUUCGUCGAAAAACAUAAUGGACAUACAGUUAUCACAAAAAUUCUAAUAGCAAAUAAUGGCAUCGCUGCCGUAAAAGAAAUUCGUUCCAUCAGAAAAUGGGCUUAUGAGAUAUUUGGAGAUGAACGUUCUAUCGAAUUCACUGUUAUGGCCACACCUGAAGAUUUGAAAAUAAACGCUGAAUAUAUUCGAAUGGCCGAUCAAUACAUUGAAGUUCCUGGUGGUUCUAAUAACAAUAAUUAUGCCAACGUACCUCUAAUUGUCGAUAUAGCUGAGCGAACAGGCGUUCAUGCUAAUCCUCGCUUACCUGAAGCGCUUGCACAAUGUAAAAAUAAAAUCGUAUUUAUAGGCCCUCCUGGUUCUGCUAUGCGUUCUCUUGGUGAUAAAAUAUCUUCAACCAUCGUGGCUCAAUCGGCUAAUGUGCCUACGAUGGAGUGGAGUGGUAGUGGUAUUAAUGAGACUGAAUUUGAUGAUGAUGGUCAUGUUAUGGUUCCAGAUGAUGUUUUUGAGAAAGCAUGUGUAAAGGAUGCUGAGGAUGGUUUGAUCAGAGCUAAUAAAAUAGGGUUUCCGGUUAUGAUCAAAGCUUCAGAGGGUGGUGGUGGCAAAGGUAUACGUAAAGUUGAGAAUCCUGAGAACUUCAAACAGGCUUUUGCACAAGUUCGAGGUGAAGUUCCUGGUUCUCCAAUUUUCAUCAUGAAACUUGCUGGUAAUGCUCGCCAUUUAGAAGUUCAGGUUCUUGCUGAUCAAUAUGGUAAUGCAAUUUCACUAUUUGGCCGUGACUGUUCUGUACAACGGCGUCAUCAAAAAAUUAUUGAAGAGGCUCCAGUAACUAUAGCAAACCACGAUACUUUUAAGGCCAUGGAACAAGCUGCUGUUCGAUUGGCUAAGUUAGUUGGCUAUGUUAGCGCUGGCACAGUAGAAUAUCUUUAUUCUGAUGAUGAUUUCUUUUGUUUUCUUGAAUUAAAUCCGAGGUUACAAGUCGAACACCCAACUACCGAGAUGGUUUCUGGUGUAAAUUUACCUGCUGCUCAAUUACAAAUAGCAAUGGGAAUACCUCUUCAUCAAAUUCGUGACAUACGUGUGCUUUAUGGUUUGGACCAUAAUGGUACGUCAGAAAUUGAUUUUGAUUUUUCAAAACCGGAAUCCUUGCAAACACAAAGAAAACCUGCUCCUAAAGGACACGUAAUUGCUGUCAGAAUUACCGCUGAAAAUCCUGAUGCUGGUUUCAAACCUAGUAGUGGAAUGGUACAUGAAUUAAAUUUCAGAAGUAGUACUAAUGUUUGGGGUUACUUUUCGGUAAAUUCCGCUGGAGGUCUUCAUGAAUUUGCGGAUUCUCAAUUUGGUCAUAUUUUUGCCUAUGGCGAAAAUCGACAACAAUCACGCAAAAACAUGAUAAUUGCUCUUAAAGAACUAUCGAUUCGUGGUGACUUUAGAACUACUGUUGAAUAUUUGAUAAAAUUGCUAGAGACAAAUACGUUUGAGGAAAAUAAGUUUACAACAGGAUGGUUGGACACAUUGAUAUCUGCUGAACACUUAACGGUAGAGAGACCAGACAAGAUGCUCGCUAUUAUGUGUGGUGCGGUUGCGAAAGCUUACACUAAGUCACAAGAAUCUUUAGCAGAAUAUAAACGUUUCUUAGAAAAAGGCCAGAUUCCUAGCAAGGAUAUUUUACAAACUGUUUUUACCAUUGAUUUUAUAUAUGAGGGUGUUCAAUAUAAAUUUACUGCUAUGCAGUCCGCUCCUUAUUCCUUCAUUCUAUAUUUAAAUGGUUCUAAGACUCAAGUUUCAGUCCGAGCUCUUUCAGAUGGUGGUCUUUUAGUGUUAUUGGAUGGCAAAAGUCAUACGUGUUAUUUCCGUGAAGAGGUCCAAGCGACUCGUUUGAUGAUUGAUGGUAAAACUUGUUUGUUAGAACAAGAAAAUGAUCCAACCCAACUUCGUUCUCCAUCUCCUGGAAAACUUGUAAGGUUCUUGGUUGAAUCUGGCGCUCACGUUCAUAGUGGUGAUGCUUAUGCUGAGAUAGAGGUGAUGAAAAUGUAUAUGCCUUUGAUUGUUACUGAAGAUGGUGUCGUACAAUUUAUAAAACAAGCAAAUUCAACACUUGAAGCUGGCGAUAUUAUUGGUAUUCUUACUCUAGAUGAUCCAAGUCAUGUUCGUCAUGCAGCUCCUUAUGAAGGCCAGCUUCCUUUAAUGAGCCCACCAGUUAUAAUAGGUGACAAGGCUCAUCAAAGAUACGUUGAGGUUAAACAGAAUCUUGAAAACAUCUUGGACGGUUAUGAUGAUCACACAAAAUUACAAAGUAGUGUUAAAGAAAUAAUCGAUCUUCUUAGAAAUCCUGAACUGCCUUAUUUGGAAUUUAAUUCUGUUUUAUCAACACUUCCCGGAAGGAUUCCAACCAAGCUUUAUGCUACUCUGCAAGAUGAAACUGCUAAACAAGAUCACGAGUUUCCUGCAAAACAUCUUAAACAAUUGAUCGAUAAUUAUUCGCGAGAUUUUGUUGCUCUUGGUGAUUCUUCAACUUUUACAUCAUCAAUAAGUCCUUUAAUGGAGUAUCAUGAAGUUGAAGCAUUAUUUUCGGACUCUAAUAAACGUGAAGAGGAGGUUAUCCUUGCUCUGCGUGACACUUAUAAGAACGAUCUAGAUAAAGUGAUUAAAAUUGUCUUGUCACAUUCAAAAGUUAGUGCAAAAAACACUACGACUAGUGUUUCACUUAAAGCUCGUGAAUUAUUAAUAAAUUGUCAACUACCAUCAUAUGAAGAACGAUCUGUACAGAUGGAACAAAUUCUUAAAGCAGCUGUUAUUGAGAGUCAUUAUGGUGACGAUGGUUAUGACUAUCGUACUCCAAGUUAUGAUUCUCUCAAAGAACUUAUUGACACGCGAUUUGCAGUAUUUGACGUUUUGCCAAAUUUCUUUUACCAUAAUGAUGCAUGGAUUAGUCUUGCUGCAUUAGAAGUAUACGCCAGACGUGCAUAUCGUGUUUAUCAACUUAUGGACUUUGAAUAUUACCCGGAACAAGUUCCUUAUAUGAUUUCCUGGAAGUUUAUACUUCAAAACAAUAACCCAGAGACAACAAAACCAUUAUCUCCAUUAAAGCCACAAUCUUCACCCUACCGUAUGUCACGUGUUGUAUCUAUAUCUGAUUUAAGCUACAUAACCUCACGCACAGACAACGACGAUGAACAUGUCCGCGUUGGUGUGAUGAUUUCGUGCACUUCUAACGCAGAAAUUGAACAAAACUUUCCACGUAUUUUCGAUGUAUUUCGUCAAAAUGGACGUCGAGCACAAGAUCUAACAGAUAGCAUUGCCAAUAAUAUCAUUAAUAUUGCAUUGAGAUUGGAUGAUGACCCAUUAGAAGAUGAAAUUCUUAAAAGGGAUUUACAGCCUAUAGUUCAGCGUCAUACAGUUGAGCUCCGAGAACACGGAAUUAAACGUGUCACAAUUGUCUUGUUCAGAAAAGGCCAGUAUCCGGGCUAUUUUACUUUUCGCGAAGCCAAUAAUUUUGCUGAAGAUCAAACCAUUCGACAUAUUGAACCAGCCAUGGCAUAUGAACUUGAACUUUCAAGGUUAUCUAAAUUUGACAUCAAACCUUGCGCUACUGAUAACAGGCAAAUUCGCGUGUAUUAUGCAAUAGGCAAAGAAAACACCUCGGACUGCAGAUUCUUUGUUCGUGCUUUAGCUGUUAAAAACUUUAUUGACAGGCAUGGAAAAAGGUUAUGGAGAUUGCGUGUUACUGGUGCUGAAGCUCGGUUUAAAGUUGAAGAUCCUAUAAAAGGCAAUCAAUAUCCUCUUCGCGUAAUCAUCAAUAACGUUUCUGGUUAUGUUGUUAAAAUAGAGACUUACCAAGAGGUCAAAACUGAGGGCGAUACUACAAUUCUUAAAUCAAUUGGAAAAAUAGGAUCUAUGCACCUGCAACCAACACUUACUCCUUAUUCAACCAAAGAAUGGCUGCAACCAAGACGUUUUAAAGCUCAUCUUAUGGGUACUACAUAUGUUUACGAUUUUCCCGAGUUAUUCCGGCAAGCAGUUCGUACACAAUGGAAUCGAGCUAUUCAUAAUUGUCCUGAAUUGAAAUGCCCAACAGAUAUACUAGAGGCUAAAGAAUUAGUUAUAGAUGAAAAAGGCCAACUGCAAGAAGUUGAUCGUUCUCCUGGUACCAAUUCAUUUGGUAUGGUAGCAUGGAUGCUUACAUUAUUUACACCAGAAUAUCCAAGAGGCCGCAAAAUUGUUGUAAUUGCAAAUGAUAUUACAUAUCAAAUCGGCUCAUUUGGUCCUGCUGAAGAUUUAUUCUUUGCCAAAGCUACAGAACUUGCAAGAAAGUUGGGAAUCCCAAGAGUAUAUCUUUCAGCUAAUUCUGGAGCCAGGAUUGGGUUGGCAGACGAGAUAAUUAACCAUUUCAAAGUUUCCUGGGUUGACGAAAAUAAUCCUAGUAAAGGAGUUAAUUAUCUAUACCUUGAUUCUGAAACUUACAAGCAAUUGAACCAGAAUAGGCAAAAAUCUGUAAUUGUUGAAGAAUUAGUUGAAGACGGCGUUACUGACGGACUUGGUGUAGAGUCUUUGAAAGGUUCAGGAUUAAUAGCUGGUGCAACUUCGCGUGCAUACGAAGAUAUAUUUACUAUUACCCUCGUUACUUGCCGCAUCGGCGCAUAUUUAGUCCGUCUUGGUCAGCGAACAAUCCAGAAUGAAGGACAACCAAUUAUACUUACAGGUGCAUCAGCUUUAAAUAAGGUGCUUGGUAGAGAAGUUUACACAUCAAACCUACAGCUUGGAGGUACACAAAUUAUGUACAGAAAUGGUGUAUCUCAUAUUACUGCUCAGAAUGAUUUGGAAGGCAUUACAAAGAUUAUUCAAUGGCUCUCUUAUAUACCGGCAUCUAAAAGUUUACCUGUGCCCAUAUUUCCCAAUUCUGAUACUUGGGACCGAGAGAUUGAUUAUAUGCCACCUAAAGGGCCGUACGACCCUCGUUGGUUAAUUACUGGAAAAUACGAAUCCGAUAAAUGGAUUAGUGGAUUUUUUGACCGUAAUUCAUUCGUAGAAACGCUUGGUAAUUGGGCUAAAACAGUUGUUGUUGGUCGUGCGCGGCUUGGCGGAGUCCCUAUGGGUGUAAUUGCGGUUGAAACACGCGUAGUAGAACAUAUAGUUCCCGCUGAUCCUGCUAAUUCCGAAUCUCAACAGCAAGUAAUGAAAGAAGCAGGUCAAGUUUGGUAUCCAAAUUCAGCCUAUAAAACUGCACAAGCUAUUAAUGAUUUUAACAAAGGUGAACAGUUACCUCUAAUGAUCUUUGCAAACUGGCGUGGAUUUUCUGGUGGUCAACGUGAUAUGUUCUUAGAAAUUUUGAAGUAUGGUUCAUAUAUUGUCGACGCACUCACAAAUUACAAACAACCCGUUUUUGUCUAUAUUGUACCAAACGGAGAGCUUCGUGGAGGUGCGUGGGUGGUAGUAGAUCCAUCAAUUAAUGAAGACAUGAUGGAAAUGUAUGCUGAUGCAAAAUCAAGAGCUGGUGUUCUCGAACCUGAGGGAAUUGUUGAGAUCAAAUAUCGAAAACCUCAACUACUUGCUACAAUGGAACGUUUAGAUGAAACAUAUCGUAAUCUUAAAAAAUCGUUAGAAGACCCUUCAAAAACUGAGAUGGAAAAAUCUGAAAUUAAGAUGCUUUUGGAGGCUCGAGAAAAUGAAUUACUUCCUGUUUAUUCUCAAAUUGCUUUACAAUUUGCAGAUUUACACGAUACACCUGGUAGAAUGAAGGCUAAAAAUACAAUUAGGAAAGUUUUGGAAUGGCGAGAAGCUAGAAGAUUUUUCUAUUGGCGUGUGAGAAGACGGUUACAUGAAGAAUAUAUAUUUAAAAAAUUGAGUGCUGCUAAUCCUAAUCUUUCAAAGACCCAAAUGAAAGGUUACUUAGCUACAUGGUUUUACGAUGAUGUUGGAGAAGAAUUAGAUUGGGAGGAAUCAGAUGUUGAAAUUGUGUAUUGGUUCGAUAAAAUGCUUAGCAAUUUAGAAACAAAUACCCAUAAUAUUGACGUCGAAUAUAAUGAUACUGAUGGUGGUGAAACAUCUAGUAAAUCGUUGUCAUUAAUUGAAUCGCGAAUUGAAAGUAUAAGAAACGAAGCAAUAGCUCAACAAAUAUUUGAAUUAGGAAAGACCAAUAUACAGGCCGUUUUAGAUGGAAUAUCUUCAUUAUUAGAACAUUUAGAUCCAGAAGAAAAAACGAAUAUCUUAAAACAAUUGGCUG